GAAUCAUUGAGCUAACAUUUGAAGUCUACUUCAAUGUUAAGUAAUCGACCAUGGCCAAGAGCACCAGCGAAGAAAAUAAUACGCGCAUUGCAUUCUACUACCGACUCUUCUUCCUCUAUGUCGAGCCCCUCUCCGCCCUCUCAGGAGCCAUCUGCGCGGGCGUCUACCCGAGCCACUAUCUCGCCAUGACAGAGAAGAUACCUUCCGAGUCAAGUUGGCUGCCCCUGGGGAUGCACGUCGGGUUACGGCAAUUGGCAAACAUGUAUCUUCUCUUUGCUUUAAACGAAGCCUUGCUUCUGCGAAUAACCAGUGACUCGCGUGUCUGGCGGGCGCUCCUUCUGAACCUACUGAUCGCCGACCUCGGCCAUCUAUACAGCUUGACCCCGCUUGGAUAUCAGGUCUACUACGAGUUCUGGAAUUGGAAUGCGAUGGACUGGGGCAAUGUCCCGUUUGUCUACCUGGGCAUGACAUCUAGGCUGUCUUUUCUUCUGGGCUUGGGGGUCAAGUCUAAGCGUGACUAGUGUAUAUUAUAUAUAUGUCUCUAUGUCAAUUCUGCCGGAGAGGACCUUGGGGGAUUGCCGUCUUAACUACAGCUUCCCUCCUACGAAACGUUCGAGCUUACUUUCCUUUUUCUUUUUUUUUUU